CAGUGUGUUUGACAAAAAGCUUUUGUUUAUUAAAAUUGCUUCCACAAAAAUGUCCUCUUUUAGUGAAUUGGAUAACACUUUAAGUUUAAAUUUUAAAGAAGAAUUAAAAAGUGAAGGAGCAGAAAUAUGCAGAAUUUGUGUAAAAAGCUUCACAGAAUAUCAUUGUAUUUUUAAAGAAAAUCUUCAAGAAUGUCUGUACACAUUUUUUGGAAUCUAUGUAAAAGAGACGGACAGCUGGCCGAAAAAUAUUUGCAAAAUUUGUUGUGACCAAAUGAAAAUUGCAGUAAAAUUCCUCGUUAAAAUCCGCAGCAGUGAGAAGCUUCUCUAUGAUCUUCUUGGGAAUUUGAAACAAAUUAAUUUAAAACCAGAUAUUCAAGUUGUAGACGUGAAGGGGAAUCCUAAUUAUGUACAAGAUGUCUUUUGUAAAAUAUCUGACGACGAAAUUUCUGUUAAUUCAAAUUCCGCAAUUGAAGAUACUGAAAUAGUUAAAGAUGAUGACAAUAGCGUAUCAUCCUUUAAUGAAGUUCUUGCAAAUGAUUGCCCUAAUGGAAAUUAUUCUAGAUCUGAUCCACUUGAGAUUCUCAAUAGCACCCCUGCAAAUAACAUUCCAGAGAAAAAUGUUAAAUCUUCAGAAUUAAACAGAAGCUUUCGAUAUGAUAAAGUCGAGAGGGAAAAACAGCUCGAACGAAUAGAGGAUUUCUUCAAGAUGGAUUGUGAACUUUGUGGGAAAAAAUGUUCAAAACUCAAAGAUCUACAAAGUCAUUUCCGGAAGGAGCACAAACAGAAGGCCUAUGUGGUAUGCUGUAAAUCCAAAUUCAAGCACAGAUGCAAAAUUGAAGAGCACAUGGAACUCCAUCUCAAUCCAUCGGCAUUUAAGUGCGUAGAGUGCGGAAAGUUGUCCAGGACCAAGUACAAUUUGCAUCUUCACAUGAAAAACAGCCAUACCCCAAGGGAAUUUCAUAAAUUCAUAUGCGACAAGUGCCCAGCCACAUUUAUGACCAUGGAAAGGUACAAGAAACAUGCCUUUGUGCAUCUUCCGGAAGAUAAAAAGAUGAACAAGUGUUCGAAGUGCAACAAAGCAUUUUCGUUUAAGGCCAAUUUGAGGAUUCAUAUUGAACAAGUGCACAAUAAGAGACCUUCUGAGCACAUUUGUGAGGUUUGUGCCAAGAUAUUCAACAAUCGUGAAGUAUUUCGUCGUCAUUUGAAGACCCACAGUAAAGAAAGACUGAAGAAAUUUUCCUGCAAUACUUGUGAUAAAACCUUCGUCUACGACUAUCAUCUCAAGAGGCAUAUGUUGCGGCAUAAUGACUCUGGAGAGGCAUUCGUUUGUCAUAUCUGCGGGAAAAAUGCACCAAAUGGUCCUGCACUUAAUGCCCAUAUUAAUUAUGUUCACAUUAAAGAGAAGAAACAUAAAUGCACUCAAUGCGACAGUGCCUUUAAGACACCUCGAGCACUGAAGCAGCAUAUUAUUUGCCUCCAUUCUGGGGAAGUUCUUUACACUUGUAUAUUCUGUUACAAAAGAUUCAAAUGUCGCACGUCCAAAUAUUUUCACCAGAAACAUCAGCAUCCAGCAGAAUACAAAGAGCUUCAAGAGAAAAAGAAUGCAGAAAAGUGAGAAAAGUAAUUCAAUGUGAAGUGUUUUAGAUUGAACACUGAACGGAAUGAGAGUUAACGGCGUUAUCACACUUGUACAUUAAAAUUUUAAUGUGAUUCACAUUAAUUGUCGCUUGUGAGCGUCCAAAUAUGUUAUUUCUGUCUUUGAGUCACUUAAUAUUUGGGGUUUUUCUAUUUAUUGAUAAAGAAGUGGACUUGGCCUGCAAAAAUAAGUUUAAAUUUACCUAAAGCAUAAAUAUUUUUCACAUUAAAAAAUUAAUGAGAAAUUCUCAUUAAUUUUUCGCAUUAAUGCUAUAAAUCAAUUUAUAUCAAAUUUUGCGGGCCAAGUCUGCCUUUUCAUCAACAAAUAGAUCAAAUUUUGAAUAUAAAAUGAUUCAAACACACAAAUUACACAUUUGGACUCUCACCAGCGACAAUUAAUGUGAAUCAUAUUAAAAUUUUAAUGUGCAAGUGUGAUAACACAGUUAAACUUUAAAAAAAAUGUAACUGAAGCUGUAAAGGAGAAAAAUGCACAAAAAUUGAUUUUUUAUCAACUGAAAGACAUCAAUAAAUUAUUUAUAAAUCA